AGUCAAUAAUGUAUGACGUCAUCAAAACUUGUACACAUUUGAAUGUCGCACCUGUCAGGGAAAUUGAUAAACCUCUCAACAAAUUUGCUAACCAAAUACUAAUCAUGGAUUUUAAACAUGACAGUUGACAAGAAAUGAAUGCCUUAAAGUUUUAUCUAUCAACUUCCAAGUAUGUCAUGCAAGCAAACUUCGCCGAUCGUGAUUCAUGGAGCGAACUCUAUCGAUAUCUCCCAUAUUUACGUCAGGCGUUGUCAUGUUGUGUGUGUAGAAACAUAGUAAAAAUCCCGAUGGGGCCUAGUCAUAAAGUGUGCCAACACUUUGUUUGCAAGGAAUGUGUCGAAAAGCCAAUGACAAUUAAGCCGCAAUGCAGUUGGUGUAAAAAACGAGAAAGUUUUGAAGAAUCAACCCAACUUCGAAUGGUGGUUUCUUGUUUUAAGAAAAUUUGUGAAUAUGUUAUGAGCUCUCCUAUUGGCACGGAUCUCCAAGAACAGGCACACAAUGGAGAAACAAAUUCUUUAGUAACAAUAUUGGAAGAAGGUGUCCACUUCGAGGACGAUUAUCAGUCACCCCCAGUGAUCCCUAUUACAAUGCCUUCCCAGGUUCCAGUAUCCACAGCAGAGCAACCAGAACUUGCAGAAGAAUCAGAAAUAACAGAAUCAAUGGACAAACCUACAUGUAUGAAAAGUAAAUCAAAGCUGAACAUUCAGCCCAAAAUAAAAAUGGAUAUAGAAAAAAAAUCACACAGAAAAAAAAUCAGACUGAAAAAAUAUAAAUGGUAUACAAAACCUAAAAAGAAAGUACCAUUAAAGAAGAAUAAUGUAAAGAAUUCAAAACUUUCACAACGGAAUGAAAAUCUUGUCAAUGUCAUACCAUCAAAUGAAAUAAAAUAUGAGAUAAAGAGAGAAAGUAUAGAUGAGGGUCGACCAAAAUUAAAAGUUAAACUUCGAGCAAAGAAAGUUGACAAGUUCAAUGACAGAGAAUUUGGCAGUGAUUGUGAAACCUUGAAGGGCAAUUUUGUAGAUACUAUGAAGGUUGACAAGUGUACAAGCAUAGAACCCUCCAUAAAGAAAUUAAAAUUGAUAUUUGGUGAAAAUGAAUUCAAAGUUUGCAAAUGUGGAAGAGGAGGAACUUCAAGUCAACUAACUUGUCUAGGUCAAAGAUGUCCGUGUUAUGUGAAGAAGUUACCCUGUAUCAGAUGUAAAUGUAGAGGAUGCAGAAAUCCAAGGAAAUCUUUUGACUCUGAUACAGACCAAACUCUAAGGUCCUUCAAUUCUUCAGACCAUUUAUUUGUCUCCCUUUAGCAAAUGUUAAUUUUUAAAAUUCAUGAUUUUUAUUGUACAUGUACAUUAAUUGUAGUACUAUCAUGCAUACUUUCCAAUCUACAUUAUUUGGACUUUGGUGAAUAGUUGUCUCAUAAGCAAUCAUACCACAAUUCCUUAUUUUUUUUUAAUAUUUUGAGACAAACUGGUAAAGGGAGAUAAUAAUUUCAUAUAAAAAUUUGAGUUAUCUCUCUUUACUUGGCACAAAUGUAUAUAUUCAGACUUGUAUAGAACUACCCUUAGACUAACAGAAAGUUGAAUGUUUUAGUUAUUAGAUGCAAUAGUUAAAAUUGUGUAACAGAUUAUGGUGUAAAUACAUACAAAUAUUAGUAGCUUUCUAGUUGUUAAAAUUUAGAAAUUAUUAGGGUAUAUGAAGUAAUUGUUAGAUUUGCUACUAAUAAGGUCAAUACAGAUUAGAAUUUCUAGAAUUUCUGUUCUCUGGUCAACUCCUAAGAUACGCCUUUUUAUCAGGUGCCAGAAUGUGGUUUUAUAUCUUGUAAAACAUAUUUUAAUUCUUGUUCCAUGAAAAUGCACUUGUUGAUUUAAGUGUUUUAACCUUGUAGAUCUGAAAUGAAAUGCUCAUUUAUUGUGAAUGUUGUUUUGCCCCAUCAUUAUAAAAUUUAAUGUUAAUCAUGUU